CCGUGGGUCAGCGGCCACACAUCGCCAUCGUGAGCUACGACCUGGCAGCCAAGAUACCCAAGGAGUAUGCGGCAAGGUACCGUUCCAUCAUCUGCGAUGAGAGCCACAUGCUCAAGAGCCGCUCCACCGCUCGCUACCGGGGGCUGGCCCCGCUGGUGCGGCGGGCGGCGCGGGCGCUGCUGUGCACCGGCACCCCGCUGCUGAACAGACCCAUCGAGAUAUGGCCGCAGGUGGACCUGCUGCGCCCCGGGCUGCUGGGCAGCUUCGACUCGUUCGGGGAGCGGUACUGCCUGUCACCACAGGCGCAUGCGGCAAGGCAACUGCAGCAGCAGCAGAAAGGAGGUCGCGGCGGCUACCCCCACCCCGGCCGCCCCCCCUACCCCGCCCCCUUCCCCGGCAGCGAGUACCGCGGCGCCGCCUGCCUGGGUGAGCUGCGGGCGGUGCUGGCGGAGUGCGUGAUGACGCGGAGGAGCAAGCGGCAGGUGCUGGCGGACCUGCCGCCCAAGAUACGCACCAAGGUGCCCCUGCAGCCCUGCGACGACGACCUGCGCCCCGUGACGGUCGCACUGCGGGAGCUGGCGGGGGUGAUGGCGGCGGAGGCGCGGGGGCAGCUGACAGGCAGGCAGGCGGAGGUGGAGAGGCAGAGGGCCUGGACCGCCGCCUACCGCGCCACGGGCCCCGCCAAGUGCGCCGAGGCAGCGGCCUUCAUCGACCGCCUGCUGCAGAUCGACAAGGCGGGCCCAGGGGAGGACGACACGGAGACCGCCGCUGCGGCCCUGGACGAGGCAGCGGCAGCUGGAGGUGCUGGGGGUGGUGAGGGAGGUGGUGGUGCUGCUGAUGGGGAGCAGGAGCAUGAGGAGCAAGAGGAGGGCGAGGGCGGUGGUGGCCCGCCCAAGCUGCUGGUGUUCGCGCACCACCAGGAGGUGCUGGACAGGCUGGGGACGCACCUGAGACUGUCGCGUGUGCCCUUCAUCCGCAUCGACGGCCAGGUGCCCCCCCCUCAGCGUCAGAAGGCGGUCGCCUCCUUCCAGCGCACCGGCCCCCGCACCCCCCGCGUGGCGCUGCUGGCGCUGCAUGCGGCGGGGGCGGGGCUGACGCUCACGGCGGCAUCGGUUGUUGUGUUUGUGGAGUUGGACCAGGCCCCCGCGCUGCUGGCUCAGGCGGAGGACCGGGCGCACCGGGUGGGGCAGGCGGGGCACGUGCACGUGUACUACCUCAUGGGGAAAGGCACCCUGGACGAGCGCAUCUGGGCCAUGUUGGAGCGCAAGCGCUUCGCAAUGGGGGCGGCGCUGGAUGCCGGGGAGGAGGAAGUACGGCAGCAGGAAGGGGAGGAGGAGGAGGACGAGCAGGGCGGACGUCGUCGUACGGCAGAUGCGGAUGAGGACCUUGUAAACGCGGCGGCGUUCCGAGGGGAUGAUGUACCUCACCGGCAGUACGGAGGAGGGGCGUACGGAGGAGGCGAAGAGGAGGAGCAGUACGGCACUGGAGCUGCUGCUGCUGGCGGCGGCGGUGCUAGCGGCAGUGGCGCUGGGGUUGCCGCAGCACCUGCUUUCGACUGGAUGCCCGUACCUAAGAAGUCCCCUGCACCACCGCCCCAGGCAGCUGCUGCAACACCGCCGCGGCGGGCAGCAGCGGCAGCAACAGGGGCCGCUGCCUCCCCGCCUGCUGCCGUUGCGACGCCGCAACGAAGCUCCCGGCGGCAACUGCCCGCAUCCCGAACACAGCAUCCGCACUCGCAGCAACAGCAGCAGUCUCCGCUGCCCCAGCCGCCGCCUCCUCCCCCCGCUGCGACAGCCGCCCCGCACCUUCCGCCCCAGGUGUGGCCCUGGGAGGAGCACUGGAGCGGGGUGCACCAGGACGACACAGCGGCAGCGGGGGCGGGGGAGGCGGCAGCAGGAGGGGGGGCGGCAGGGGCGGCAGCGGGGGCAGCGGAGGGGAGAGGGAAGGGGCGAAGGGAGGAGGCCGCGGGAGGAACAGCAGCAGCGGUAGGUGGGUCUCAGCAGCAGGGGAAGCGGGGGCACGCGGGCGAGGAGAGGGAGGAGGAGAGGGAGGAGGGCGAUGUGUGGGAGGUGGCGGAGGUGGUGGGGGGCAGCCAGCACAACAGCAGCAACCGCUCGGGAGGAGGAGGAGGUAGCAGGGGAGGAAGAGCAGGAGGAGGAAGUUCGAGUCCGAUGAUGGACCUGACGCAGGGGUCUGAUGGUGAGGAAGAGGAGGAGGGUGCGGGCAGAGGACCGACGGUAAAGCGGCGUAGGCGGGUUGAGGGUGCAGCAACAGGAGGAGGAGGAGGAGGUGGUGCGGGCAGCAGCAGCGGGACUGGGGCGGCGUCUGGGUGCGGCGGCAGUGGGGGAUCCCGCAGACGCGGCAGUGGGGGCCCGGGUGUGAAGAUGGAGGCGAUUGAAAUCGAGUAGCGUUCGUUUGUGGAAGUGGUUGGGGUCCUUGAUCAGUUGGGUUUGUUGACCUGAUUGUUGUGUACGACUUACUGGGUGGCGCUUGGCCGGGCUGGCAGGGGUAUGUUUCCUCGAAUAACGCAUCUGGUGUACUUAGCGACAAACAUUGGCGAGCGGUUGGCCAUGAAACCACGAAACAUAUGACUAUUGUUGUUGUCAUUGGCUGAAUUGCAUUGCAUUGCAAUGGAGAAGCGCGCCUGCAAACCUCGGUAAAGGGCGGCGUUGCUUGAUCCGUUGUCCUCACUUCCCGAAGGGCCAUGCUAGCGUUGCCAACAUGUGAUGCUGUAUGGAAGUUUAUGCGCAGCCUCAGUCGCUCAAGCGAGCUGACACCUUCGCGCAGCUUCCUGUCGUAUAUGGGGGACAACGGUAAACGGAAUGCAAAGUAUCGCCAUUGAGCACAGGCAGCCGCUGGACAGUUUGCGUAGUGUAAAUGCAGGCAGGGC